AAAGAUGCAGAGAUUCGUCUUUAGCCGACGCUUUCUCUCUCUUGUUCCAUCUCGAUCUCCCCCUGUUCCUUCGAAGAUGGCUGAUUCCAUUUCCUCUCUUCCCGUUACUCUUGAUCACGCAAGCCUUUCGGACCAGUCUGAAACACAAGCUUUCUUCAGUACCGAUUCUGUUGACCGAGCAUGGAAGAUUCUAGACCAAAUUCCUCAAAGAUCUACAACUGGUGCUUACAGUCACAGCCAGAAUCUUGAAGGAGCGAUGCAUUUCUUUCCUCAAAAGGCGAUUAAAGCGGCAGAGACAGCACCAGAUGCGUUGUACAGCAAACGCCUUCUUAACGCCACUGGUUCUGGCUUCGGACUGGUUCCUGGAACAUGGCACAUGAGAUGCGUGACAAUACUUGCGCAACAAGACAAGAUUCCGGCGAUACUGAACCGUUCCAGAGAGGUCCACAAGAGUUCCCAAGCGGCGCAAAAGAGCUCCGAAGCAGCGGUCCAAAAGAGCACCAAAGCGGCCAAAGAGGCUCGCAGAAAGAGUGCACAAGCGGCCCGCAAAAAGAGUGCCAAGAAGAGUUCCAAAAAGAGUUGCAUCACCAGUGCCUAUAGCCCAAGAAGGUUUCCUAAACAACGUCGAGGAAGAGUAAGCGGAAUAUCUUUCCGCGGGAACCGUGUCAGUUUUGGCAGCUAUGCUCUUCAGACACUUGAGCCUGCUUGGAUCACGUCGAGACAGAUAGAAUCAGGGAGAAAAGCAUUGACAAGAAGUGGUCGACUCGGUGGCAAGAUCUGGGUACGUGUUGUUCCAGACAAACCAGUUACUGUAAGACCACCUGCAACGCGUAUGGGUCGUGGCAAAGGAUCACCAGAGGUUAUGGUCGCUGUGGUUAAACCGGGCAAGAUCCUUUAUGAGAUGGGUGGUGUUCCCGAAAAUGUAGCCAGAAAGUUUAUUUCACUAGCUGCAUCAAAAAUGCCUGUCAAAACCAAAUUCAUCUUUUCUCUUUAA